AUGGCUACUACUACUACUACCACCACCAAGACGAUGACGAAAGCCCAGCGUCCGUCGCAGUCUCGUACUAGUACAUCCACCUUGAAAAAGGCCGCGAUGGACUCGUUUCGUCGUCUGAGCAGUAGUACGCGAUCGCUGGAUUUGGAUUCCUGCGGCAUGGAACAAGAGCAUCACGAUCGACUGGUGGCAUGCAUCGAAGCGCACAAACUCCGAGAACACUCGAUUCAACAACUCUACGAGGUCAAACGGUUCGUGUCGAGCCGCAAAAAGCACGCAGAACACAACGGCAAGAUUUGUAUUACGUGUACCCGCCCCGAGUGCUUUCACAAGGUGUUUCUGUUAGUAGAGCCACAGCAGCAUGAUGACAGUACCCAUGCGGGAUGGGCACUGGAAGAGGCUCGCAUCAUGGAUGAACUCAAGGAACACGAGACCAAACACUACGUGACCGUGGCCAAGUUGAUACUCUGGUUGGUGGAAGCAUUAAUGGUCAUGAUUGUCAAUUACUAUGGUGUCUGA